CUUCAGAUUAUUGUCUUUUUAAUAUCGACGCGGGUUUUGCUAUUAUUAUCAAAUAUUGCUAAACCCUAAGAAAUCAGUGCAUUCAAAAUAUGUUCAGUUAUCUUUUCAAACAUGUUUCAUGGUGCAUUUUUUAUAAAAGGAUAUAACAUAUUCUAAACAUUGUGAUUACAACGAUUAAAUUAUUUUUUUAAUUUUGGCACACACUGCUUUAUUAAUUUUCUUAUGACUAAUUUUCAAGUUUAUUGUGAAAGCGGGUAACCGUUGCUGAUACGUGUUUAUUUCCGACGUAAAACCAUUAGAAACGUCUAAAACAUCACGUGUAGCGCAUUGAUGAGUCGAUUAACCGAAUAUGACUUUCACUGUUAACGGAGGCGGAAUUAAUUAAAGGCGUGAAGUUUGAAACAAAAGAUCAAAGAUCUUAGGUGUCUAUUUCAGUGACAGCAGUGACAAGCGUGCAAUCAAAAUCGGCAUGGAUAGGAUGACAUUAUUUAUUCAAGAAAACUUAAAUGGAUAUAAUCUGCCAUCACACACUUUGUCUGAGAUACGUGGAGUCCUAUUUAAAAGAUUCGGAGCAAAGUUUUCUGAAGGUCUGUCGCCAGAAGGCCGUUUAGCAAUGGAACAGGCAGCUAAACGGGAGGUGGAAAGUGCAAAAAGUUUACACAGCAUGAAGGAAGGUACUUGUAAGCAGAAUUCGAACAAAAAAGUGACAAACGGUCAGCGCGGAAAGAAAACGAAAACUAUUACUUUUACGGACACAUAUGACAAGACAUCCGUUAGAAAGCUUGAUGGAGACAUAACUGAUAAAACUUUUAAUAAGAUGGACUUGCCAAAGCGAGCUAUUGGAGGCAAAAUUGCUAAUGCGUUUGAGACUGUUGAAACUGUGGUUCAUUGUGAAGUUGAAACUAGUCAAAACACAGCUGAUGUUGAUUCAACGGAAUUACAGUCAGUAGAAAAAUGUUUAGUUUGGAUGGAAGUUCAUAAUGAAGCACCUACACCAAGUAUCCCCGGCUCGGAAUAUUCAAGGAACUCAUUACUAGCAGAAAACGAUAAUGAACAGCUGUAAACAUAUUUUUACGUGACAUUCUCUAUAUGAGCCGCAUCAUGAGAAAACCAACAUAGUGCGUUUGCGACCAGCAUUGAGCCAGACCAGACUGCGCGUCUGGUCAGGAUCCAUGCUGUUCGCUUUUAAAGCCUAUUGCAAUUAGAGAAACCGUUAGCGAACAGCAUGGAUCCUGACCAGACAGCGCGGAUGCGCAGGCUGGUCAGGAUCCAUGCUGGUCGCAAAUGCACUAUGUUGGUUUUCACACGGAGCAGCUCAAUUAUUACUUCACUCCAGUUCUCUGUAAACCUGUAUAAAUAAACCGUUGCUUUCAUCAA